AUGGGCCAAGAACGUCUCGACAACGCGAAUCCAGUGUUAUUCGACUCGAAACCACGUCAUCGACCUGUUACAGGCACUGAACGCGAUGAAAGUGUGGAAGAUCCGAUCGAUUCGUGGGAGAUUUUUGAUCUGAUCAGAGAUAUAAAUGAUCCGGAGCAUCCGUACACUUUGGAGCAAUUAAAUGUGGUUCAGGAGGAGCUGAUUAAGGUUUUUAUCGAUGAGGAGGAGACUUUUGUCAAGGUAAACUUCACGCCGACAAUUCCCCACUGCAGUAUGGCAACACUCAUCGGAUUGGCGAUUCGAGUGAAACUGUUGAGAUGUUUGCAUCCGAAAGUCAAAGUGGCCGUCUCGAUUACACCUGGAUCACAUUCCACAGAAGAAUCCAUCAAUCGACAGUUGGCUGAUAAGGAACGAGUCGCCGCGGCGAUGGAGAAUCAAGGAUUGAUGCAUGCUGUCAAUGAGUGUCUCAGAGUUCCAGAAUAG